AUGGCAGCCAUGGAAGCACCAGCAAUGAUCGCGCCCUUCAAACCAGCAGCUGAGUGCGACGACAGGGACGUCAUACACCUCAAGGGCUUUGCGGCCCGGCUGGAUUUCGCCGACGCCGCGACGGCGCGGCAGGCGGACGCGUUGAUCGACGCCGUCGCGGCGCACAAAAGAAGCAGACCCUCUCUCUGCGUCGCGUGGGACGGCGACGCGCCCGCGGACGAGAGCUUCACGCGGCUGCUACGGCGCUGCGCGUCUCUAGGCUGUGGCUUGAUCGCGUUCUGCUACGCGGCCGACGAGGCGGCCUUCCGUAAAGCGUGGGGCCCGGAGAACCUGGCGAUCCGCGGCUACGUCGUGGAGGAGCCGCCGGACGACGUGGCGUGCCGCUGGGCCUUCCUUGGCGUGUCGGCGUUGCGCGCGACGCGCGCGACGGAGUGCCUCUGCCUCGGGGGUGGGCCAGUGGCGCUGCGCGAGUUCGAGGCCUCGGCUGCGGCGUUCGUGCUGUACGAGGUGAGUCGGCGGCCACGCGACGGCGCGGGCGCGCCGGAGCGGUCGGCGCUCCUCGCGCGCGCAUCGCACGAACGGCUGCGGGUGGUUUCGACGAGCGAGGCGACUGGCGGCGGCGACGAGCCGGCGACACCGCCCCCGCCACGCCCGCCGCCGCCGCCCAACGCCGACGUUGUUGUACAGACGUCGCGCCUGCCGGGCGCGGGCCUCGGCCUCUUUGCCGUGCGCGCGUUCGCAGUAGGGGAGCUCGUGUGCGAGUACACGGGCACCGUGCUCGACAGUGCGGCGCGGAGCCUGGAGGACAAGUCCUACCUCAUGCGCCUCGGCGCGGGCGUGUUCGUAGACGCGCGGACGCACUACGAAGUCCACGCGCGCUACAUCAACGACUGUCGCGACAAGCGCGUCCACAACGUGUCGUUCGACAAGCGGCCCAGCGAGCGGCGGGCCCUCGUCGUCGCCUCGCGGCCGAUCGCCGCGGGUGAUGAAUUAUAUGCGUCCUACGGGCCGCUCUACUGGCUCGGCGCCGACAUGCGCGGCGAACCGUCCGCGCGUUUGCCCGAGAGUGCCGUCGAGGCGCUCAUGGCGCGCGAGCGCGAGUACUGGGACGGCGAGCGGUAG